AUCGGCUGUCCGGGGAGCCCCCGAGGUCGUCGCGGGCUCUCGCCGGAGUUUGUGCAGCUCCUGGGCUGAGGCAGAGCCUGUCGCCUUCGAGGAACAACGGGUUUCUUAAACAUGUGAAGCUUAUGCAGGAGAAGGCGGCUGAGGCUGGGGCUUGGCCCGUCUGGAUGGCCAAGAUGGGUUCUGAGGGAGGGAGAGGGCGGUUUAGGCGGGGACAAUGGUGGGUUUGAAGGAAAUUUGAAAUUAGAACGGCGUUUCGGUUGGCGGAUGGCGAGGAAAAUCGAAGAAGAAAAUGAGAUUUUGGAGCGGGAAACGGGCGAGGGUCGGAGUCUCGGGGGGCGGGGUGGAAGAAAGGAGAGGAUGAGGGAGAGAUUGGGAGGGAAGUUGAACCCAACUGAACUGGAGAUUGAGGAUGUAUCGCAUAUGCACGCCGGGCAUGCCGGAGUUCGUGGGAAUAGCAGCGGAGAGACCCACUUUAAUUUGAGGGUUGUGUCGAAGGAGUUUGAAGGGAAGAGCAUGGUGAAGAGGCACAGGCUUGUUUAUGAUUUGUUGAAAGAGGAGUUGGAAAGUGGAUUACAUGCUCUUUCGAUUGUUGCAAAGACCCCAUCAGAAGUUUGAAUCUUGUCAGAGGAGGAUUCGGUGUCUAUGAGGUUCUUUUUUCUUUUCUUUUUCUCUCUUUAUGUAGUCUCUUCAUUUAGUUUAGAUUACAUUAUCCUCACUUCUUUCUUGUAUGAGUCAUAUCGAUACCUUAAUGUUUAUAGACUGAAUAAUACUAUGAUGAAUUCAGAAUAAACCACUUGUUGAGGCCGUUUUGAUGAGACUAGUUGUUGUUCAUAUGAUCUCAUUGCAAGGCAUUAAUAUUUUGAA